AUGCGUGCCUACAACGGCUUCCCGCUCGACGACGAUAUUGUCGACAGUAUUCUCUCCACAAUUGACGAAUUCAAAACCCUUGUCUCGUUCAUACUCUCAUGCAAGGCCGUUUACAAUGUCUACAAACGUCAUCCAAUGUCCAUCCAACGUUCCAUCACCGUAAAUCAGACAGGGCCUGCUGUUGCACAAGCGUUAGCCCUCGUGCGGAUGCAAGGCGACGUUGACGCUAGGAAUACCGGUGUUCCGAUCGACGAGCACUCCGUGUUGGAAGAACCUCCACAAACACAUGAACUACAAGACCUAGUCAAGAAUGCUAAGGUCGUCUAUGAGCUCGAGGACUUGUUCAGCUGGAGACACAAGGACCCCUCAACAUCGCAAACCAAGCUCGAUCCCAACGAAUCCCAUCGAUUCCAUCGUGCGAUGUACAGAUACUGGAUUUUCUGUAUUGCAUUUGGGAUCGAUAGCGAGGACGAUGAGGACAUGGCCCCUCCAGCGAGCGACACGGCUCAAAAUCAGCAGGAGUAUCUAAACACCUUCUCGGAUGCGGAACUGAAGGAGAUCGAGGCCGCUGUGCACUUCGCGCGAGAAACUAUCGUAUGGUCCAUCAAGGCAGGUGGCGCAAUCCAUAACGCCGAACCUUCUGGUGAUCAUAUCCAGUCCUCCGUCCUGAAAUCGCGCUGA